AUGUUGGUUUUCGUAGCAACCGAUGCUGAGGCGACCAAUGCAGAUGAUAUGAGUGAUUUAACAACUCUAGAGAAUGUUAUGUGGAAUAAAAGAGAUGCAGAAACAACUCAUGUUAUGUUCUUACUCUGUAAUGAUAGCGAAGCAUCUGUGAAGCUUUUAUCCAAAUGGGAUCGAGAAAUGGACCAUGUCGAUCUUUUGGAUGACUUCCUAACAGAGAAAGACAAGGUUCGUAAACAACAUGGUCAGGAAUAUCCAUUUAAUUAUGGGGAAUACAUCAUGAAAGCAAUAUUAGGUGCGAUCGAUGAAGAAUUUGAUAGUCUAGGCGAAUAUGAUGAAUAA